ACAGGCUACAGCCCAUGAAUUGGCCACCCACCUCAAGGCUAGGGUUUUUUUUUCAGCGCCGCGAGAUCGUGACCCCGGAAGGAGGCAGAUCGGCGGCGCGCGUCACUCCAAUCUCCGGUUAGGAUAAAUGGCCACGAUUCCAGAUUCUCUGGUCUGGGAGCUUGUCAAGAAGAACAAUUCAUUCCUGGUCAAGCAGUUCGGCAAUGGCAAUGCCAAGGUUCAGUUCAGCAAGGAGCCCAACAACCUGUACAAUGUCCACUCUUACAAGCAUUCUGGCCUGGCAAACAAGAAAACCGUGACGGUCCAGCCUGCCAGUGGUAAGGAAACGGCAGUGGUCCUCUCUACAACCAAGACAGAGAAGCAGAACAAGCCUGCUAGCCUCUACCACAAGUCUGUCAUGCGCAAGGAGUUCCGCAAAAUGGCCAAGGCUGUCAAGAACCAGGUCAGCGACAACUACUACCGGCCUGACCUUACCAAGCCAGCACUUGCAAGGCUGAGCGCAGUCUACCGCAGCCUCCAGGUUGCCAAAUCUGGUGUCAAAAAGAAGAACAGGCAGGCAAACUAAAAAAAGGCAAGAUCCAAUUAGCUUGUUUUGUGUAUGGGUAUUGAUUUGUGCUUCCAUCCUCCUUGAUUCCUUUUAAUAUGGUGCUCGGAGUAUGCUUUUAGAUUGUUUUGAGAUUAUGGGCCUCAGAGUAUGACGAAUGCUGCUCACAAGAGAGCUAAAAAUUUUCGUAGUAGGUUUCAUGUCUGUACCCGUGAUAUAUUAUUAAGCAUCUUAAUUAAUAGGGUAUUAAUAACCUCCCUAAAGUCAUUGGUUUGUUGUGCCAUAUCAUCUAUAAUCAAAUUGCCAUGCUUCAAUUUUCAA